UCCUCAUUCAUCUCAGUGCGCGUGAGUGAGAGGCAGCAGGCGGAGUGCGAGUCUUGCUGACACCACUAUAUUGGUCUGAACCUCGACUCGUCCACACCGAGGAUACACUUGGAUUAAAACGUCGCUCCUUUCCCCAGUCCAGAUCUGACGGCGUCUGUGCUCCGAGAGAAGCUCUGGACAGCAGCAGGACGCGAGCGCUGACGGUUUGGUGCAGUCGGGUGCAGCGGGGGGUCAGAGAGGCGAGCGCAUGAGGAGAGGGCGUCCCGAGACCCCCGUCUCCACACUCCGCGCUCGCACACACACCUUCACGGACACACCGCGCCUUGCAACCCUCCAGCCGCCAUGAGGUCCAUUCGGUCGUUCGGGAACGAUGACCGUCACGUCAUGGCCAAGCACUCCACCAUCUACCCUUCCUCCGAGGCCCUGGAGGCGGUGCAGAGCCUGGUCUCCGGCGUGGAGCGCGCCCUCAAGCACGUGUCGGAUUGGAUGGACCAAACUCAAGCCAGCCAAUCAAAUCCACCGAACUCAUCCGGCACGCAGGAGGAGGAGACGGAGGCCAGCGCCGACGAAUCGCCAGAAGGCAGCACGAACGAGGACAGCAGCUGUAGCAGCGCUCCCAGUGAAGGACGGGUGCUGUGCGGCGUGAUGAGGAUCGGUCUGGUGGCCAAAGGCCUGCUGAUUAAAGAUGACAUGGAUCUGGAGCUGGUGCUCAUGUGCCGAGAGAAGCCCACCAAGACUCUGCUGUGCACCGUCUGUGAAAACCUGCCGCUGCAGAUCGAGAAGCUGACAGAAGAGAAGUAUGAGAUACAGAGCUCUAUUCCAGAGGCCGCCAUUUUGAUCCGCACCACAACAGACCCCAAACUCACGCUGAAGGUGACGCUCACCUCCCCGCAGGUGCGAGACGACGGCGAGACGGAGGAGCAAGAGAGCGUUGAGUCGAGCGAGCCGGCGGACCUGUUGGAUAGACAGAGGUGCCUGGUGGCGUUGGCCUCUCUGCGACAUGCCAAAUGGUUCCAGGCUAGAGUUAACGGGCUAAAGUCGUGCGUGAUCGUCUUGCGAAUACUGAGAGACAUGUGCAAUAGAGUCCCGGCGUGGGAACCUCUGAAAGGAUGGCCUUUGGAGUUAAUAUGCGAGAAGGCCAUUGCUACGUGUAACAGACCUCUGGGAGCGGGAGAGGCUCUGCGCCGGGUCAUGGAGUGCCUCGCCUCUGGCAUACUGCUUCCAGGCGGGCCAGGCCUGCAUGAUCCCUGCGAGAAGGAGCCGACGAACACCUUGUCAGCCAUGACUGAUGAAGAGGCGGAGGCCAUCACCUUCAACGCACAGCAUGCUCUGCGGCUCAUGGCCUUCGGGCAGAUCUAUAAGGUCUUAGAAAUGGACCCUCUCCCCUCAAGUAAACCUUCACAGAAAUUCCCCUGGUCGGAUAAAGAAGGUUUAGGGCUGAAGAGACCUUAUGAAGAUGGUCUGCUGGACGACAAGGACCUCAUCAAGAAGAUGAAACGCAACCUGAGAAAAGCAGUUCUUGACAGUAAAGCAAUAGACUCAAAUCAGCCCAUGAACGCUCUGAUGCGCUUGAACCAGAUCCGGCCGGGGCUGCAGUAUAAACUGCUGUCUCAGUCAGGUCCGGUUCACGCCCCCGUCUUCACCAUGUCUGUAGACGUCGACGGCACUGUUUACGAAGCCUCUGGCUCCUCGAAGAAGACCGCCAAGCUGCACGUGGCUGUAAAGGUGCUACAGGCGAUGGGUUACCCCACAGGCUUCGACACAGACCUGGACUCCAUGAGUGCAGACGAGAAGUCGGACGGGGAGGGCAAAAGCGAAACGUCCACACACUCAAGCAAUAACACAUCACACUCCUCAGACAGCUCCAACACGUUGGAGGUGCGAACUCAGGGUCCUAUUUUGACGGCCAGCGGGAAGAACCCCGUCAUGGAGCUGAAUGAGAAACGUCGCGGGCUGAAGUAUGAGCUCAUCUCAGAGAGUGGAGGAAGCCACGACAAACGCUUCGUCAUGGAGGUGGAAGUGGACGGACAGAAGUUUCGUGGUGCAGGGCCCAAUAAGAAAGUAGCCAAAGCCAGCGCUGCCCUCGCGGCUCUAGAAAAACUCUUCUCCGGGCCUAAUGCUGCUGGCAACAAGAAGAAAAAAAUAAUCCCUCAGAGUAAAGGGGCAUUAGCUGCAGCUGCUGCUGUGUCUGCCGUCGCGGCGCAGGCUGCUCGAGGACGAGGAAGACCCACCCUCACACGAGGAGCCUUCGUCAGCGCCGCCGCGGCUCCUGGAUACGUCACACCAGGCUUCGGAGCUCCAUACGGGUACAGCGCAGCGGCCGCCGCUCCUGCAUACGGUGGUCUUUUCAUUGACAAUCCCUUUUACCAGCCGCGGACCAUCGCUCCUUUUUUUAUUCACUUGGGUCCUCAAGAUCUCUUCUCUGACUUCUAGAACCAUCAGGUUGUGUGGCUCUAAACUGUCGUACCACUCCAGGCUUGACCAGGCUGUCUCCACCGCACAGAAACGGCCCAAACUUCAUACACUCUCCACCCAAACCCAUCCAUACCCAAUCUAAGGAUCCAAAAACGCACCAAUCUUACAAAAGCAAUACUCUAUUUGACUUGCUCGUCCCGAAAAACCGGCCGGGGACUUCGGUUCCUUCUUAUAUAGCAAUACACUUGAACUCUUUUGGGCUUUAAGCUUACUUGAGAUGUGAAUGUUCGGUUGAGUCUUACUCAAACUUGGCAUUGCAAUAUAGUCAUUGUCACUGUAUAUUCACCACAUGUGUAUGUGUGGCUAUAUUAUAAAUACAUGCAUAUAUAUAUAUGUAUGGUCUACGGCACUAUAAAUAUAUAUGUGUAGAUAUACUGAUGUACUUAUGUAUAUUUAUAUACAGUAUAUAUAUAUACAUAUUCUUGGUAUUGAUUAUUUUAGAAUUGCAAAAGUGAUAUGUAACCAUUAUACUAGGAUAUAACUUUCUUCCAGUUUUAUAUAUACAGUAUAUGACUAUAUAUAUAUAUAUAUAUAUAUAUAUAUAUAUAUAUAUAUAUAUAUAUAUAUAUAUAUAUAUAUAUAUGCUAAGCAAUUUAAUCUCGUAAAUUAUUCUUGUGAACAUGCAAUAUGAAAGCUCUUUUCUAAAUCUACCUGUAGUAGAUUAGUGAUGCUUCCUUCUCUCAGACUCGAGCAGCUUCGCCGUGUUUUUGCGCCAGAUCUGCGCGAGUGUUUUUUGCUCAGUUGACCAAAGUCUGGCGUUCUGGUUGGGUUAAGAGGUCGUCCUCCAAACAUCUGGCCGCUGUGCCGCCUACAUCCACCGCUCACAGACGUACACACAGGUCUUUCAAAAGCACAUCCGACGGCAGAUUGGUUUACUCUUUCUGGCCGUUGACAGAGGUGCAUACUCGUACACGUAACCGCGCUACGAGGGGCAGCUAACGUGACCCGGUCACUCCUCACUUUCCCCUGCAGAAGCACAGGUUACUCUUUAAUGCGGCAUAGGUGGCCCUUCAUUUGCCUUUUCAUUUGGUCAUUCUUCUCAGGUCUGUUUCACACGCGCACAAAGGUGGUGCAUAUUUAGCCGUAUUUAUUUCCCAUUCAGCAUGAGCUUGCAUUGCAGAAGCGUAGCUGCAAAGUAUCUGUGCUGUGCCUGUUCCUGCCGAAAAUAUGCUUUGAACGCGGCAGUUUGCAUUACAGUGAAAAAUGCACAAAAAUAAGUGCUUCUAAAUCUGGCUGAAUCGAGAUCAUUGAAGCGGUUAAUAACUGCACUUUGUUUUUGGGCUCCGUUCCGUGUAGAUUCAUUGAGAUUUAGACGCACACGUGAUGUGAACCUUGUGUAGACUUUCAGUUUCAUCCAUUUUUGUCCACCUGGUCUCAUAAAAAUAUGUACCCCUGUGCACUUUUUGUGCAACACCAUUUUACGUACCUUUACGCAGUUGGCGCUAAAACACAAAACACAGGUUUAACGCGUGAACCCUUGCACAUUUUUAUUACGUUGGUAUAGGUGAGUAUUGCUGUGUUGCUUCAGUUGCAUAUCGCGAUGGCUUAAAAGUCUAAUAUCUGGGGACUCUGGCUAAAAGUUAAUGCUCUGUCAUAUUGGAAAUAUGGCCUACACCGAAUCCAACCCUAAACCUGAUAGUCUUAAAUGUAAAACUAAUAUCAAAAGGCAUUUGUGGAUGCAGUCGUGCCAUUUCAGCUUCCUUUUAUGUAGAUUUAAUCCGUUUUGUUGAACCGCAGUUACUCGGGAUUUGGCCCUUGAGCUCUCCAACACCUAAGUGCAACGCUAUCACGAGCUUCAGAGGAAACGUACCGUCUAUAUAUAUAUAAAGCUGUAUAUGUGUGAUGCUAACAUUCAAAUCUGCUCUAAAGUCAUAAUAUAAUAUACUUCUUGUAAUUGUGUGUGAAAAGUAGGCUUUAUUCAUCGAAACUCUAGGAAUAGUGUUAAUUUCUUUUGAAAGCUGCACUGAUAUGUGCUUAUUGGUACGUAUUUCGUGUCUCGCUAAAAAGUGCGCCCAGGUACGUUUAUGGGAUGAGACCAGGUAGUAAUUCCCAAAGGCAAGCUCCCAAUAAGUAUUCAAUAAAAGAGUCGCUGUUUUCUGGUUAGAACUGCAAGUGAAAAGGCACCUUGUUUUACUGCGACGCGCACGUGUGUUGUGAAACAGGCCUGUUGAUGCAGAUGGCUCUUUACUUUCGCGUUUUUCUUCAGCAGGUCUGUUGUAGCGCAACUUUAGGCUAUCUAAUUAAUAACAGUACUAAAAAAAACCUCCCAGAUAUAAACCACAGAGCACAGUCGUGAAAAUAACUUGAUGAUCUUGUUUUAGCUGUGCUGGAUUGUAUAACCGUAGUCUGAAUGCAUAUUGUUAAAGUACUUUUAUAUCAAAAUUUCCUUCACUUGUUACCUCCACGUGUAUAAGAAUAGAUGAUUUAAACGAUAUCAGUAGUAAUGUAUUGAUGUUUGUAUGUCAAAAUACUUUUGAUAUAUGUUACUGUGCAUCCAGUAACCAAUGGAAUGUCACGAUUUCUCACCGAAAGGCCCCAAAAUGUCACAAAAACAGGACAUACUUCACCACCCAGAAACACUGAAUGUGUCCCCUUAUAUAAAUUUCCCCAUGUAUUCAGUCAUAUUUUAGCUGUUGUGUUUGAAUGUGAAAUAUUGUAGCUCUCAAAUAGGAAAAGAUGGGAUAUAAUCACAGAAUUAUUACAGAAUAGUACUAGUUUAAUAGUAAUAGUACAGUGAUAGUUUAAUAAAAGCAAUAGUACAACAUGCAUUAUAUAACGGUAUCAGUUUAAAUAUACUUGUUUAACAUAAUGUAUUUUUUUUUUUUUGAUGUUUCAUUCAGUGGAAUAUUUUUCAAAACAAAUUCAUUUUUCUGUUCCCCAACCAGACGAGACUUCGGUCAGUUUUGAAUUAGAGCUGGUAAGUCUUGUAUGGGUAAGUUUUGUGUGGAAAUGCAAAUAGAUUUGAGAGAAAAGCGCAUCAAAAGACCCUGCAGUGACACAACAUCAGAUGGCCUUUAUUUUUCUUUGAGCUUUUACGAAUGAUCGUCAAACACACAAGCCCCUCUCCACGAUGCCACACCAGCAUGACGUAGUGCAAACCACCGACAACUGGGAGUUAAUGCUGUUACCGUUAUAUUGAGUUCGUAAAACAGAGGGCUAACUAAGCGUGGUGGAGAAUGUGUUCAUUUUUGCAUCGCAGCGAUUGAAAGUCUUCCAUGUUCUUUGUUUAAUUCGUUUGCAGAGCACAAAACCCUUUGUCGGUGAUUAAAGUCAACAUGAAAUCAAAACCUUCAUUUUAUUGGCAUUUCAUCUGACGGUCAUCCACAGUGACUCUAUCAGUGCCUCUCGUCUAAUUAUCCCAAUCUUACACUUCGUUUUUUUCCUGUUUGCUUGGAAAUAUACACAUGCGUGGAGCGUUUAGAGAAGCCAGUUGCAAACGUCAUUUCAUGUUGACCAAGAUUACCUCGAAAUAUGAUUUCUCAAACGUGCUGCAAAACAUUCCAUAUUUCAAGAUAAUAAAGGAAUGUUUCACCGAUCCAAAUCCAAUGCAAGAAGCCAUAUAGCUUGUCUUGAUGAACAGCAGACGUAGCUGCAUUGUUUUGCUGCAGUGCUUAGGAAGCACCAGAAUCUGAAUCUCCUGAACUGCAAAUACGUCUCUCUUCAUGCCAGCCCGCUUCCCCGGGUGGCACCCGCAGCCAGAUGGUCUUCAUAAAUAUGUUGUGAGGACUCAUAUUUUAGUUCAGUUUAGGUUUUAAUUCUGCUCAUCAAAGUGGAGCGGAGCUCGUCAGCUGUGUUUGAAUCUCAGCGGUCCGUCGUAGGGAGAAGACAUUAGCACAGCUGCAUCUCUGCGAAACGAAGUGGGAAAAAAAUUCCAAUAAAAGACCCAGAGAGGCUUCGUCUGACUGAUACAAACCAGGCUUGAUUUUCUCGGGAGCCAUUGAAAGUUUGCUUUAUUUGUUUGGUGACUUGGGUGUGACGUCACCGUUUGUAGGCGGGGGCCUGGAUAUUUGCACAAGAUUGUAUACCACUUCCAGCAGUUCUGCUCAGGUAGAUGUCAAAUGCAACACAGAUAACGCUUCUGCUAUUUUAGCGCUCUUGCGUUCAUUUGUAAGAGCCAGGAGGCAGCAGUUCAAGCAGUUGAUCCAGAUACAUCUCUUCCUCCAUGCUUUCGUCCUGAGCUGAGGAUGCUGUCCAAGUGCUUGUUUUAGCAUUGCAUUGUGGACUGUGCAAACGCUAGCAUUACGGAUAGAUGUUUUUUAAACCUACAUUCGCCCGUUAUUUGCUGCUGAAGAUAAAUGUUACUUAAUAUUAUACCCGCAUUUGCUGUAUUUCGGCAAAAUAUGCAUUUUAGAUCAAACAUUUUGAGUGCAACCUAGACACACCAGUAAACGGUAGGGCACUGCAAAUGAAAAGAGCAGCGUGAGAACAUUACUAUGUGUGCUCUCGUGGGGAGCGUUGCAAUUUUUCUGACAUUUCAGUGUGAGCAAAAAACGGUUUUGUAUCUGGAUUAACGUAGACGUAGCCAAUGCAACAAAGCUCUUCCAUUUCAAAAGAAAUCUAGACUGAAAUCCCAACAUUGGCUCUGAAAAGUUGCUUUGACUGUUGCCUCUGAUCGAACCAGUACAUCAUUUAAAAAAAUCUACUUAUCUAGGAUUUCAUUUAUCAACAAAUAACUAGGUUCUAGGGGGAAAUGGCAUUAUAAUUUUACAUGUAACAGAACGAUGACUAUUAGAUUUAGUUCUAAAGAGGCAUUUCCCCACAAAUACACACUGAUGUUCACUUUAUAAUGUUGGUGCUUUAUCAGUACGAGCAGACUACUUGAGUCUUAAUUCUGAAAGAAUUAGGUGGUGGAGUAUUUAUCCCGUCGUGAAGGAAAGGGACUUGUGUGUGGGACUUGAGUUGGAAAUUCAAUUUGCGAGCUUGCGAUGUAAGUACAGAAAUAUAGAUCCAGUUUCAGCUUGAGCAAGCUUUGCAAAAUGAAUUGCUGAAGUGAAUGUUUUCUCCACGUCUCCGAUCUCUCCCUGCAUAUAGCCGGGGCAGACGGGGACGGCCGUCAUUUGAGCUGGUCCAUGCGUGAGCCGGGACGCUGAAGGUCCUGGAGACUGAACCAGCAAUAGAGCCGUGUUUAGCUUUGGAAUGUAUUUAUGUAGUAGAAUGUACUUUUCAUAGAAGAGCUAACUGCAUCUUUGUAGACGCAUCCAAAUACACCGAUACAAAUUACAUCACAAAAAAAAUACUUGUGUGAUUUGUGUGCGCGUGUGGGGUUUUUCUUGUUUCGUUUCGUUUUUCCUGUGGGUGCUUAUGCCCAUUUUUCUGCUUAUUUUCUGUUAUUUUUUUACUUUCACGAGCAUGGCAGAUCCUCGCUUGCGUGCUCUUCGUUCUGUAAAUACUCUUGUGUCGGACUGCGACUGAAAGCAGUCUGCGGGGAUUCUCAGUUAUCCAUUUCACCACUUUUAUUGACAAAUGAUAUAAACACAAAAUUAUCUAGAUUUGAGAUAUUAUAAAGGGUAACAAUAUAAUGUGAAAUGGUGAUUGUGCACAACUUCUGUGAGCGAGCAGUGCUUGAACAUGACAGCAGUAGAUGUUUGCUAGCCGUGGUAUCAAAUUUCAAACUAUUAGUUGUGAAAAUACUAUAGUGGUUUGUCUGUCACUUUAUUGCCAUAAUUUAUGCUUUUAAAAUAAAGUGCUAAAUCUCUAAAAAGUGUAAACCUUUUUAAAAAAAUAAAUAUAUAAAGACGUUAAACUCUU